CGCUGAAGCAUCAAAUCCAGCCCAGCACACUUUGGACAUAUAGUUACACAGCCCCAGCUUCAUCUUCAUCUGAUCAGCACCUAGCUAGCAGAAUGGCGGACGUGGUGCUGCUGGACCUGUGGGUUAGCCCGUUCGGGCAGCGGUGCCGGAUCGCGCUGGCGGCGAAGGGCGUCGCGUACGAGUACCGCGAGCAGGACCUGUCCAACAAGAGCGAGCUGCUGCUCCGGUCCAACCCCGUCCACCGGAUGAUCCCGGUGCUGCUCCACGGCGGCCGGCCCGUCUGCGAGUCCCUCCUCAUCGUCCAGUACAUCGACGAGGCGUGGCCCGUCGCGCCGCGGCUCCUCCCCGGCGACCCCUACGCCCGCGCGCAGGCUCGCUUCUGGGCAGACUUCGUCGACAAGAAGAUCUUCGACUGCGGCACCCGGUUGUGGAAGUGCAACGGGGCGGCCCUGGAGCAGGCCACGAGGGACAUGAUCGAGGCGCUGGGGGCCCUGGAGGCGGAGCUCGGCGGCAAGGACUACUUCGGCGGCGAGGAUUUGGGAUUCCUGGACGUGGCCCUGGCGCCGUUCACGUCGUGGUUCCGCACCUACGAGCAGUGUGGUGGGUUCGCCAUCGCGGAGCACUGCCCGGGGCUCGCCGCUUGGGCCGACCGGUGCAGAGGCCGCGACGCUGUCGCGUCGGCGCUCACCGACCCCGACAAGGUGUAUGAGUUCGCCCUGACGCUCAAGAAGAAGUUUGGGGACAAGUAGACGGUGAUUCGGCUCCCUGCCCGUGUAUUGGUUGCAGCCCGGGCGCACGGCCGCAGUUUGUUUGUGCAUUGCUGUGUUUGUAAUUUGUAUGUGCGCGUGCACGCACCUGUCAUCAGAUUGUGGCUUUCUUACGUACGUGGUUUGUCGGCAAGGCUUGAGGUUAGCUUAUCCGCUGCCUUUGCCUUUUGAAAUAAAAAGUUCUUCAGUUU